AAACCUCUACAUUAUCUGUAGCGUCAAGUUCAGGAUAACAAUUACAAUGUACUUUGACAGUAUGGCUGUUCCUCAGAAUUGAUCGUGUCUGUGUCGAAAAUUUUAUACGUACAAUCAAACUUCAAAGUGCACUUUGCUGCUAUCAAAAUUUAUUGUCUUUCCACACUGAGUACAUACCUAUGUUUAGAAAAAUAUUAUUAAUUAAUUAAUAGUUUAGAAAAGAUACAUUAGUGGUUACGUGGGAAAAUACAUGAAACAUACCCUGAAACUGUCUUAUCUUGUGAAAAAACGGCAAUUACAAUUUAAAAAUGCGAUUUAGUUACUGAAUCCAGAUGGUUUUAUUAAAGAUAUUAUAAAAUGCGUAUUUCUCUAAUGCGCAAAUAUUAAUUUUAGUGGAUUUAAAUUGGCACUUACCUCACAAAGUAAAUAUGUUAAGUUAUAAAAUCUUUUUGUGAUCCGAUAUUAUGGCGAGGAAUGAAAAAAACAUAACAUACAUUGUGUGAAGUCGUUAGUCUAAAAAUUAAAAUCUUAGUAAACAUGGAUUGGAUAAUAUCUGAUGAGUUAGGUCUCACCGUGGGACACCUUGUGGGUUGGGGAGCAGCUGGGGCUAUGAUAAUUGGAGGCAUUGCACCAUAUAUACCACAAUAUAGACAAAUAAAGAAGACACAAGAUGCAGAAGGAUUUUCGUUGUAUGUUUGUUUAACACUUCUAAUAGCUAAUACCUUGAGGAUUCUAUUCUGGUUUGGAAAACGAUAUGAAAUACCACUUUUAUUACAAAGUAUUGUAAUGAAUUUUACAAUGUUUAUUAUGAUUCAUCUAUGUGUAAACGUGCGCAAGAAAAACCAGAUAAUUCGAGCUCGUGACAGAAUAUUUACAGGCACAAUAUUCAUGUUAUAUAUACUAUUGUGUUGUAUAAAUGGGUCAGCUCAACCUGAUGAAACAGCCCGAUGGUUAGGGCAGCAGAGUGGUGUCACAGGAGGUGAGAAGCCCCGUCGCUUCUAUGAUAUGGAUCGAAAAUACUUCUGGGCCUGGACUGACUUUCAGAGUUAUGUAGACUGUAUGCUUGUAUUCUCAGUAUUGGGGGCAGCUAUAACUUAUUUAUUAAUCGAAGUUUCACCAUUUAUAGAAUUUAUUGGCUUCCUAGCUGUAUUUACAGAAGCAAUGCUUGGUGCUCCACAAAUUGUGAAAAAUCACCAAAACAAAAGCACUGAGGGAAUGAGUGUGAGUAUGGUAAUAAUGUGGACCUGUGGUGAUAUAUUCAAGACGGCUUACUAUGUGAUAAGAGAAGCACCAACACAAUUCUGGGUGUGUGGCAGCCUUCAAGUAAGCUUGGAUGUUGUAAUAUUAUUGCAAGUGUGGUGGUAUCGACAUAAUACAGCAGCGGCUCGCCGCUUGCAUCGCGGGGACUAGCAAUGGACGGAAACAGACUUAUAGCACUCGCUCAACGCCUUCAGGGUCUAUUGGCCGCCGCUUUGCCAUAUCUUCCAUCCCUUAUGACCAGUAGACACCUAAACGAUAUACAAAAACGCCAAUAUGCUGCUUAAAAUUGUAUACUUUAUUUGCUUUUCAUAUUUUAUAGCAUAUUUAUUUUAAUAUAAUGCAUGGUCAUGGUUCACUAACCGGUCUGGCAGUGUAUUUACUUUAAAAGGUUUUGACUUCGUUUUUAUAUUUUAUUAAAACGUAACUCACAGAAUUGAAAUAGUUUGGCAGAAUAUUAAAUAGAGCGAUUUUGAGCAGCUUCUAUGUUUUAGUAGACGUUUCUGUAUAUACACAACGUCAAAUCAAAAGGAUUGACAUUUGACAUUGAUUGAUUGUUUCGCGAGGGAAGUGACAAUCAUAUUGACAUUUGCAUGACACAUGACCAACAUUGUACUGAGCGAGUAUCGUGUACGUGCCAAAAAUGCUUAAGUGCCUCUAUUAUGACUAUUAAAAAUCUGAUCAAAAUGAAAAAAAUUGCUAUGAGCUAUUAAUAGCAGGACUGAUUGAAUUUUCCUAUUUAUAGCGUUGACCAGUAACGAUAUUGCUCUAAUGUUUUUUGUUAAUAAAAAAAUAUAAUCGUCAUGCCAGGGGUAAUAAAUCGCGUCUCUUGAUUGUGAUUGGUCUAUAGAAUAUAGAUAUAUAAAGAAAAAUCAUCAUCGAGGCGUACAUUUAUUCUAACCUAUCAAUCAAAUAUGAAACUUGCCGAGCAAAUUUAAUAGGAAUCUUGCUUUAUCCUUUGAGAAAAGAAAUUGCGAUUUUUUUACUUAGAUGACGUCAGAAUCGACAAUUAAACUGAUUAAAAGCGCUUCAGAUGUAUAUAUGUAUAUAUAUCUGUAUUUGAGGUCUUCAGGUGCUAGAAUUAUCUUGUAACCCUUGUUGUAUCUUUAGAGUAAUUAUUUAUUUGUCAUUUGGUCCAAUUGCGAAAUUGUUAUCACUUGUUACGAAUAAUAUUGCUCCAAUAGGAGCAUUUUGAAUGUGUAUUAUGAUUUUAAGCCAUUUGAUAAUCUGUUGUAUUGCAAAAAGUUGUACAUUUUAUAUGACAUAAUAUCAUCAUGUCAAACGUUAUGUUGAGAAAUUUAAAUGGAAAUUACCAUAAUUAUAUGGUGCUACUAUUAGUAAAUGCAAAAGGCUAUUUUAUUUUAUUAUGUUUAUUUUAGCAUGACAUAUUUAGGGAAUUUAUGAAGUUUUAUAAUUUUUAAUCUAUGAAUGUUUAGUAUAUUGACAUGUAUUUGUAUAUUAUGUAAAUAUUAUAUAGUAUUAUUAAAAAUGAAAUUUAUAGGGAAAUUUUAAAAAUUUGACUGCACAACUUUAGAUGAAUUAUAACCAGCCACACAAUUUAUAUGAGCUAUUAACAGUUUUAGCGAUAAUGUAGUUUAAAUCUUAAUAUACUUUUAAGUGACUCGUUAUCUUGACACAGAAAGUUCCAACGUACAGAUUAAUUUCAAAACUCAUUUCUUUAACGUUUGAUAAAAAAAUAUGGUAUUAAAAUAUGUCAAUAGUUUAGUGUGUAAAUUGUCAUUGCUCGUUCAUCAAACAUUAUUCAGAUUUGAUAUUAACCAUUACUUUAUAGUACAUUGAUCGUUUUUAUAUAUUGUUUUUGUCAUGGGUUUUAUAGUAAAUUGUGCGAUGAAGCUGUCUGUAUCAGUAUAACUGUUGUAUUCAAGAGUUAAAUAGUUGUUUGAUAUGCACCUAUCAUAGAUUCAAAAUUAGUACAAUCACCAUAUCUAGUAUUUACUAUACUACUGUUCCAUACUGUUCUCUGAAAUAAUAUACUGACCAAGUAAUUUUUAAUGAAAAAUACCGUUUGUUAGAAAACCUUUUUCAUUAGAAAGCAAAUACUAUACAUAUAAUGCAAUUAGCAAGUUGUUAGUUAUGACGACCCACUAUACAAUAAAUAUUUUCUAUCUCGAGUUUGUAGUUAACGUUACGUAUAAACGUUACUGUAUAAUGCGUCCGUAAUAUUUAUGAGAAUCUUAUAGCUGGCGGUUACAAUACUAUUAAUUUACAAAUAUUUGGCAGGUAAGAGUUUCAACUAAUACGAGUACGAUAUCAUGGUAUAGCUACUUCGGAAUAUGUUUGACAUAAUAGUGUUGACAGUUGUUUGACAGAAAGAUUAACGCAGACGUUAACGUUUAUAGUAUCUCAGGCUCAUUAGUUGAUUAUUUUUGUAAGCGUCGCAUUUAUCCGGAAGAACUAAUUUUACAAUAAGUUUGUACAGUCAUUUAAUAUGUAUAUAAUUUAUCUAAUUUUAAGUACUUUUAAUGAAUCGUCAAAAGUAAAUAUUGAUUUAUUGUUGAUUAUUUUAUGUGCUGUGACGUAUGGCCCAUAGGUCGACAUUGAGUAGAGUAAUUAUAAUUGAAUUCAGUGAAAUUUUUUUAAAAUAAAUAUCUUGAGACAAUUCAUACAAAUUAUAUUGGCGUUAGUGGGUCUCGCCUGUCGAAUAAUCGAGAAAUACACCUGUUUAUUUUAAUUAUUUCCAUUAAUCGAUAGUCUUUUAGAUAAGUCAAAUUGAUUAACAGAAAUAAAUACACGAUGUCUUUCGUAUGAGUUGUAUAAAGUCGCUUUUAUAGAAAAUAUGUAAACGAAAUAUUGAGAGAAUAUUGGUACAUAUCAUUUAUGUACAAAAUGGUAUUUAUUAAACGAAUAUUGAAUUUAUAAUUCAAUUAACAUUCAAUUAAUACUGAUUUUAGGAUUAAGAAACGUACAGCUGUUGUGAUUUUAGAUGUUAACUUUUCUUAAUAAAAUUGUUUGUUUCGA